AACAUACAUGAAGUAAUGAAUCCGAAUAUACACGCGAAAGAAAAGAGAACUAUUCCUGCUAACACCCAUCAUUCUAGCAAAUACUUGACAAUGAAGCGCAAGAGUGACUUACAGUUUUCCUCCAAGCCAGUGGAGGAGGGAGAAAAUGAGUAUGAGACUGUAAGUUCUUCAAUGCUGGAGGCCAUUCAUUCCUUGAGAAUCCUUCCUGCCAAACCUCUACAAGAAUCUGAAUAUGCAGAUAAACGUUGCUUAAGGCCUUCAUGUACCACUUCCCCAACGAGCAAGAACCCACCUCAGCCCCUUCAAUACUCAGCUAUUCGCACAUUUGAUCCGGAGGGAACACUGCCAAAUGUAAGAGGAGGAAGAAUGAAAAUACAUGGAUACCAGGAGCCUACACCUCCCCCACGGCCUCCAAAGAUGCUGCCAAAGCAGUAUCAAGCCCUUCCUCCAGAGCCAAGAAUAAGCAGCCAGGUCUUUCACAAGAGGAACACACUCCGCCAAGAUCCCACCUUUCCAGUGUCAGCAAAAGUCACAAGACACUCAUCUGUUAGGGAAUCAAAUAAAGCACCUGGAAGAGAUCAAGUUACAAUUUUGGGGAAGAAACCUGAAGUAUCUUUUGAAGCACAACAGCAUCCUCCUGAAGCCAGCCCUCAAUGUACAUGGAGCUCUAAAAACAUUUGCAGAUCAGGUUCCACAUUAAGCGUAGCUAAUUUGACAGUGAAGAAGCCACCACCUCCUACAUCAUAUGCAGCAUGCAAAAAUAAAUCAAAACCCUUGCUUGUAGAACAGGAACUGCAAUCUCUUACCCAACCCACUGAAAAGGAUUUAAACAAAUGUCAAUGGUACGUUGGAGAAUGUGAUCGCCAUAAAGCAGAGAAGAUACUGUUACAGAAAAACCUUGAUGAGACAUUCUUGGUUAGAGAUUGUUCAAAGAAAUCAAAGUCUGAACCAUACGUUUUGGUUGUUUAUUAUGGAAGAAGAGUAUACAACAUUAAAGUACGUUUUCUGGAAGAAAGCCAACAAUACGCGUUGGGAACAGGGCUCAGAGGAGAGUGCAAAUUUAAUUCCGUGGAAGAGAUCAUUGACUUCUACAAAUCCGUUCCCAUAACACUCAUUGACGGAAAGGAUCAGUCAGGAAACCACAGAGAACAAUGCUACCUCACGCAUCCAUUCAAGUUAUGCUGA